AUGAACCGUCUUUGGAGCUCUCGUCUUUCGUUCUUUGCUUUGCGCGACAUACAAAUACCAUUAAAUUCUCGGAGUUAUGCUACUGCUACGGAAUCUAGUACUCGUCGAUUUCCUAAGGAAGGAUUUGGUGCUCCUAUUUGGAAAAGAACAAUAGGUGUUUUUAUACUGGGAACUGCAUGGUAUCAGGCUGAUCGUUACUUUGUGAAAGAUGGCAAGAAACAUCCAGUAACGAAAUGGAUUGAAACUUUGAUGAUACCAGAAUCAGAGUAUAAAAGGCGUAAUUUAGAACAUCUCUAUCUAUCUGCUGAAGCUUCUAAGGAUAA